GUGAGGCUGCUGCUGGCAGCAGCUUGUCUGUCACUGCGGGCGCUGAAACACAAAACCUUUCCUGGAAACAGAUUCCUGGAACCAAACAGAACUGAGCUGUGUGCUGUGCUGCAGUUUGCUGAAUAAAGAGCUCACACUCACGGCUUCACUCACAGCAGACCACCGGGAACACACACACACACACACACUCAGACAUACACGGAUAUUUCUUAUGUUUUAUGACAGAUCAUUUACAAGCGAUGUUUUCUUUUUCUAACAGCGACUAUUUGAGUGUGAGAGGUAAUUAUUUACCGUGAGAGACCCGCUGGAUUAUUUCUUGGACUUUUUUUUAUAGACUGGUUACGAUCCUUAUGAUUUCCCUCGAUCGAAGGGCUGCUGUCAGUCGAAAAUGGUUGCCCGAGCUGUGACUGUUUUUCAUCAUGAGGAGCACGGAGGUUCAUGCUGCCCACAUCCCUCACCUCCACCCUGGGACCCAGCAGAGGACCUACGCUGCAUCACCACCACCUUCCAGUAUCUACAGACCUCAGGCUGGUACUGGGGUUCCAUCUCAGCGAGUGAAGCUCGGGAAGCUCUCCUAAAAAGGUCUGAAGGCACAUUUCUUAUACGGGACAGCAGUCAUCCUCAAUACAUGCUGGCCCUGUCUGUGAAGACCCGCUGUGGACCUACAAGUGUACGCAUAGAGUACAGCAGGGGCUCUUUCUGGCUGGACUCCAUUUCCCCUGGCCUUCCUCUCUUGCAGUCCUUCCCAGAUGUACUCAGCCUCAUGCAGCACUACAUGGGCUCAGGCCACACGCCGCAGGACCAGUCAUCUGGGGACAUUCAACCCAAGACAAAGCCUGACAUGCACACAGCUAAGGACAGUGGAGUGCCCCUGAAGCUGAUGCACCCCCUGCACAAACCACAGGCCUUCCCUUCUUUGCAGCACCUAACACGCCUCACCAUCAACAGACACACCAACUGCCCCGACCAGCUACCACUCCCAAAGCCUCUGCUGCGCUACCUGCAGGACUACCCUUUCCACAUAUGAGGGUCUCUGCCCCUCUGGCACAGGCCAUAGAGACAAGAACAUGGGUCAGGGUCACACUCCAUAAACACACGGUGUGAAUCUGGGAUAAUUUGACACCCCAGGCAACAGACAACAGCCCAGAGGGAGAAAACUGAACUGCUUCAAGUACAAUAAACCACACUGCUCAGUCAAGAGCUCAGUCUUACUACGGCGCUGUUGUUGCUGCUGCUAUUUUUUUCUGUUUCAGGAACUGUAAAUGAAUUUUGUUUCUACAAUAUGUGACUUCUUGUUCCUGUCUAUUUAUUUUUGCUCUGUUUCCCCACUACUAAGAGAGUUGUACAGGGUUUUGCAUGUUUUAGACUAGUGGUCUAAAAUUGGUUUUCCACAAGACAGCCCAAACUUAUCAAUAGAAAAAGCAGCAAAAAAAAGCAGCGACUGUUGACUGUUUGAGAUCAUUUGGAUCUUCGUCACAGGAUCUCUGUUUUUAUUUGCUGUUGGAGUUCAUUGUGUGGGUGCCAAAUGACCUGAGGUUCUAAGAAAUUAAUGUUUAUUCACUCUUUUUACGAAAUCAGUGAACCUGAUGAACCGUGACUGAGCCAACCAUCAUUUGGGCAACAUCAUCACAACAUCUCUUAAAGGUUUUAUCCUAUUUUUUUUGACUAGCUGAGCAUGUACUGAGGCUGUGUUUUGAUAAUUGAUUUUUACAGCAGAGCACAUCUGUGUCGCUGUACUGACUCAUCUCUUUUCUGUCCACAUGUCUGUUUAAUUCAUCAAAUCCAGUUACAGUAUUUCCAAGAAUUUAGCAGUUAAUUGUCAGACAUGUGGUUACCAAUGUUAUGAGUGUGAAAAGGUCGAGGUCAGGCUGACACAACGUGACAUGAAGUCUGUUGAAAAGCUAGAAUAAAAGAGAGCACGGGUGUAUUUUCUAUUUCUUUUAUGUGCAGAAUUCUUUUCUGAAAUCAGACAUCUUCCAUUUAAAGAGGUGAAAAAAAAACACUCUCUUACAAAAUUAUUACCAGCAUGAACACCCAACGCUGUUCAUGGAAAAUCUGUUGUUGACUAUUAAAGAACAUCUGUUUACAAACUGGUUUUAUUCUCAGAAAAGGAUUGUACAUGCCUGUGGAUUUUUCAGAGAAAUAAACCUCAGAAAUAUU